AUGUUAGUAGGAAUCGUCAGUUCAUCAGUUUUACCAGUCGAAAAAUGUAAACUAAAGGACUCGUCGUGUUUGAUACAGGCUUUUCAAAAAGCAAUGCCAAUAUUUAUGUCUGGCAUGCCGGAUGUGGGUGUUGAAAUUUUAGAUGUUAUGAAAAUGGAUGAAGUAAAUUUCGAUUUGGCUGGUCUCAAGUUUGGUUUAAAGGACGGUCGCUUGCAAGGAUUGAAGAAUUCAAUUGUAGAUAACGUUAAAUGGGAUCUUGAAAAAGAGAAAAUGGAAAUAUUUUUUCAUCUUGACUGCAGCCUUAAGGGUCAUUACACAGCGGCUGGCCGCAUCCUCAUCUUGCCUAUAAGUGGGGAUGGACAAAUGAAACUGAAAAUGAAAAAUUUAGCAAUUAUUUUGGUAAUAAACUACGAAAAGGAGGAAAAGGAAGGAAAAGUUUUCUUAAUUCCAAAGUCAUAUAGUUUCAAAUUUGAUGUAAAGGAUGGUGCAAAUUUCGAUUUAACAAAUUUGUUCAAUGGAAACAGGGAACUAAGUAAGUAA